UAUUUUUUGAGUGUGUUAAAUUUAUUCAACUCGAAAAAACGUUUUUUCAAAAGAUGCAACUUUGUUUAAAAUGAGAUUUCUAACUUAGACUAAAAACAUAACUUGUAGAUCAUCUCAUCUAUUUGCAAACCAAAUCGCAAGGAUUCGUCAAAUCGUCCAUUUCCAGAGCCGCGAAAAUUUCCGAACCAGCUUGUCGAUAUAGUUGCUUAGACGGGCUUGAUCUUGAGAGUGUUCUCCAUGUUUUCACCACCCACCAUAUAUUGGCCAAGGCAAAUUACAUUUUAAAAAGAAUUCAGUUAACAUACAUAACUAGUUAUAUAUUAUCCGUAAUAGAAUGUUCAACAUUUAGUACAUUUAAUGAUUAUUGAGAAAAUUUCCGAACCAGCUUGUCGAUAUAAGCCCUGUUCGGGAUACAGUCGCGGCUUUUAGCGUCAGCGUCGAAAUUUAAAGCAUGCAUCUGAGAAAAGAUUUCCAGAGUUUGGACGCAGCGAUCAUUUCAAGCUUUAGAUUAGACAUGCUUUGGGACGCUGGAAUUAACAGCGGCAGCCGCAUCCCCUUUUACAGUCGCUGCGGCAACGCCGGCAAGCCAUGAUAAUUAAAUUUUCUUUCAAAGAUCGCUCAUUUUGUUUCCGUCGAAGUGUUAUUUGUUUGCCGCUACCGCUGCUCCGGGCGGCUACAAAAAGAACAUGACUAUAGUUGCUUAGACGGGCUUGAUCUUGAGAGUGUUCUCCAUGUUUUCACCACCCACCAUAUAUUGGCCAAGGCAAAUUACAUUUUAAAAAGAAUUCAGUUAACAUACAUAACUAGUUAUAUAUUAUCCGUAAUAGAAUGUUCAACAUUUAGUACAUUUAAUGAUUAUUGAGAAAAGAUAGGCAUGGUGGCAUGCAUGUGUGACGUAUGGGGCGAACAACAAAAUAUGGUUCUAGAAAAAUCGAAUAAUUAGCUUAACUAAUCCAGGUCUUCAAAAAAUAAAAGUUUAACUAAUCCUCCAUUACGUACAUAUCAAACUCCCCCAACUAAUACAUAAUCCCAAUUAUAAUAUAUAUUUUCAGUAGAUAAUAUUUCAUUUAUUACAUACACAAGUUAAAAAUCUCACAACAGAACAAAUAGUACGCACCAGCACCACUAGGAUACUAUACCAUACAAUACUAGCAGGGGCAGAGCUAUGUUGGGCAGUAAGGGGGCAGCCGCCCCCACUGAAACUAAUUAAUUACAAAAAUUGGACUAACCACUAUAAAUAUAUAUUCUAUAGAGAAACGGCACAAAAAAAAUAUUUCAAACCUUUUUGACCAUCAUUCUAUGUCAGCAGGGGCAGACGGAGGAGAGGAGUGGGUGUGGCACUUGCCCCACACUCUUCUUUUUUUUUUCUUAAUAGUAAAUAAAACUUUUUUUUUAACUUGGUUUAAGUUAAAUUAAUGAAAAAAAUAGAAAAGUGCCCCACCCAAUUAAAACAAAAGAUUGCUCCACUCAAUCAAAACAAAACAAAAAUGUUUUAGUCCAAUUACAAAUAAAAUGAAUAUGCUCCAGCCCAUAUAAUUACCCUAGUAUUUUCUAGUUGAAGUUGAAUGUUACGAGUCCUAUGUCUAUUUUAUUUUUAAAAAAAAAAAAUCUACACACAAAAGAAGCUUUGUACAUGGAAUAUGGUGUUGACAUUAAUUAUAGUUAUUAAUUUAACAAUUGAACAUUGUUGAAUCCAUUAAAAUUACUUCUUUAGAUUCUCUUCUAAGUAAGAUUAUCUAUCAUUUCUAAUAGUUUACCAUAUAUUUAAUUUCAGCUAAAUUAUUCACUUACUUUUCACUGUUUACCGUAUUUGAAAUACUAUUAUAGUUAUUUUUAUUAAGUGUUUAUGGAACAAUAUUUUAAGAAACAAUGUCAAACUACAUUGAAAACCAAUGUCUAUAGUAUAAUAUAAGUUUCUUAAUUAUAUAUAUUUUUUAUGUUUUUGGUUUGUUGUAUACUUUAAGUUUAUUUUGAGCUUUUAUAUAUAUGACUAUGUUAUAUUUUGAAAAAAAUUAUUAUAUUGGAUAUAAUAAAUAUAAUUAUGUGCCCCAGUCUAAAUAAAUUUCUGGAUCCGCCCCUGUAUGUCAGUUCAUGAUGCAAUUAUGCAAUAAAAAAUAUUGUCAUAAUUUUGGAAUUUUUUUCAAAAUCUAAAGGUUAACACUCAUACAAAAUUUGUUUUUCGGUAAAUGCUUUAUAUAAUGAAGUUUUCUCUGUUUAGUGUUGUUUAAAAAUUUCUAACCACAUUAUAAAUUUGUAUUAAUGUAUUAUAUAAUCUUUUUCAGGGCACAUGAGUAUUGGCUUUAAUUUUUCAAAAAUUAAUUUAAUAAAACUUCAUAUAUUGUCUAAAUCAGUAGACUAACAUGAAAUCUCUAUUCUCUAGAGAAAAGAUCACAAUAAAGAUUCCAAACCUCUUUGACCUUAAUCUUAUGUGACUUUAGGAUGCAUUUAUUCCAUAAAGCAAGAUUUUCAUAUUUUUGAUUUUUUAUCACAAUUUGAAGGUUAACCCCUACGAAAUUUAGUUAUUCGGUAAGUGCUCUUAUAUAUAUAUUUAAGUUUACACUCUUUAGUGUUAUUUAAAAAUUUCUAACCAAAUUAUACAUUAUGUAUGCUAAACUAUCUUUUAUGGUAAUAGACGUCGCUCUAAUAUUUUAACAAUUAAUUUUAUAAAACUUUUUUACUUCUUAAAUCAGUGGACUAACCAUUAUAAAUAUUUAUUCUUCAGAGAAACGAACACAAAAAAUAUUUUAAAUCUUUUUGACCAUCAUCAUUUGUCAGUGCAGUAUGCAACUAUGUAAUAAAACAAGUUUUUCAUAUUUUUUUUUCUCAAAAUCUAAAGGUUAACACCCCUACGAAAUUGGAUUGUCGGUAAAUUCUCUAUAAAUGAAGUUUACACUCUUUAUUAUUGUUUAAAAUUUUCUAACCACAUUUUACAUUUGUCUUAAUAUAUUCUAAACACUAUUUCAUGGUACAUUACUAUCCUAUCUAAUUUUUAAACAAUUAAUUUAAUAAAACUUCAUAUAGUGCCUAAAUUAGUGGACUAACACUAUGAAACCUCUAAAGAAACAGGCACAAAAAGAUUCCAAACAUCUUUGACUAUCAUCCUAUAUCAGUGCAAGAUGAAACUAUGCAAUAAAACAACAUUGUCAGAUUUUUGAUUUUUUUUCUCAAAAUCUGAAGGUUAACCCCUACGAAAUUGAGUUUUUUCGGUAAAUGCUCUAUAUAUUGAAGUUUACACCUUUUAGUGUUGCUUAAAAUUUUCUAACUACAUUCUAAAUUUGUAAUAAUAUAUGAUAAACUUUCUUCCAUGGUACUUAGACAUCGCUCUAAUUUUUUAACAAUUAAUUUAAAAAAAUUUAUAUAAUGCUUAAAUCUGGGGACUAUCCACUAUAAAAAUAUAUAUUCUCUAGAGAAAUGGACACAACAAAUAUAUUCACUAUAAAAAUAUAUUUGAAAACUCUUUAUCCAUCAUACUAUUUCAGUUCAGAAUUCACUUAUGCAAUACAAAAAUAUUGUCAUUUUUUUUUUAAUCUGAAGGUUAACAACCCCUUCGAAAUUGGAUUUUUAGUAAUUUCCUUAUAUAAAGAAGUUUACACUUUUUAGUGUUGUUUAAAAAUUGCCAACCACAUUAUACAUUUGUAUUAAUGUAUUCUAAAAUAUUUUUCAAGGUACAUGAGUAUUGUCUUUAAUUUGUUAACAAUUAAUUUAAUAAAACUUCAUAAAUUGCCCAAAUGAGUGGACUUACCACUAUGAGAUCUCUAUUUUCUAAAAAAACGGACACAAAAAAUAUUCUAAAUAUCUUUGACCAUCAUCCUAUGGCACUUCAGGAUAAAAUUAUUCCAUAAAGCAAGAUUGUCUUAUUUUUAAAUUUUUAUCAAAAUCUGAAGGUUAACCCCUACGAAAUUUAGUGUUUCGGUAAGUGCUCUAUAUAUUGAAGUUUACAUAACCAUAUUAUACAUUGUAUUAAUGUAUGCUAAAUUUUCUUUCAUGGUACAUAGACAUCGCUUAAAAGUUUAAUAAUUAAUUUAAUUUAAUUUUAUAUACUUCUUAAAUCAAAGGAAUAACCACUACAAAAUAUCUAUUCUCUAGAGAACCAGACACAAAAAAAUUUCAAACCUCUUUGACCAUCAUCCUAUGUCAGUGCAGGAUGCCACAAUGCAAUAAAAAAGAUUGUUAUAAUUUUUUAAUUUUUUCUAAAUCUAAUGGUUAAUCCCUACGAAAUUGAGUUUUCGGUAAAUGCUCUAUAUAAUGAAGUUUACACUCUUAAGUCUUGUUUAAAAAUUUCUAACCACAUUUUACAUUUGUAUUAAUGUAUUCUAAACUCUCUUUCAUGGUACAUGAGUAUUGUCUCUAAUUGUUUUACAGUUAAUUUAAUAGAACUUCAGUGCACUAACCACUAUGAAAUAUAUAUACUCCAGAGAAAUGACACAAAAAAAAAUAUUUCAAACCUCUCUGACCAUCAUCUUAUGUAAUUUCAGGAUGCACUUAUGCAAUAAAACAAGAUUGCAAUAUUUUUUGAAUUUUUCUCAAAAUCUGAAGGUUAACCCCUAUGAGAGUGAAUUUUCGUUAAAUGCUUUAUAUAAUGAAGUUUACACUCUUUAGUGGUGUUUAAAAUUUUAUAACCACAUUAUACAUUUGUAUUAGUAUAUUCUAAACUCUCUUUUAUGAUACAUUAGUAUUGUCUCAAAUUUUAAAUGUUAAUUAAAUAAAACUUCAUAUAUUGCCUAAAUCAGUGGACUAACCACUAUGAAAUCUCUAUUCUCUAGAGAAACAAACAAACAAAAAAAUCCAAACUUCUUUGAAAAUAUUCCUACGCCAGUGCAGGAUGCAACUGCAAUAAAACAUGAUUUUGCAUAUUUUUGAUUUUUCUCAAAAUCUGAAGGUUAACUCCUACGAAAUUAAGUUUUUCGGUAAGUGUUCUUUAUAUUCAUGUUUACACUAUUUAGUGUUGCUUAAAAUUUUCUAGCUACAUUCUAAUUUUGUAAUAAUGUAUUCUACAUCUAUUUCAUGAUACAUAGACAUCGCUCCAAUUUUUUUAACAAUUAAUUUAAUAAAGAUCUAUAUAUUGCUUAAAUCAUAGGAAUAAAUAUAUUUUCUCUAGAGAAACGGACAUAAAAAAUAUUUCAAACCAUUUUGACCAUCAUCCUAUGUCAGUUCAAGAUGCAAUUAUGCAAUAAAAAAUAUUGUCAUAAUUUUUGAAUUUUUCUCAAAAUCUGAAUGUUAACACUCAUACAAAAUUUGAUUUUCGGCAAAUGCUUUAUAUAAUGAAGUUUUCUCUGUUUAGUGUUGUUUAAAAAUUUCUAACCACAUUAUAAAUUUGUAUUAAUGUAUUAUAUAAUCUUUUUCAUCGCACAUGAGUAUUGGCUUAAAUUUUUCAACAAUUAAUUUAAUAAAACUUCAUAUAUUGUCUAAAUCAGUGGACUAACAUGAAAUCUCUAUUCUCUAGAGAAAAGAUCAUAAUAAAGAUUUCAAACCUCUUUGACCUUAAUCCUAUGCCACUUUAGGAUGCAUUUAUUCCAUAAAGUAAGAUUUUCAUAUUUUUGAUUUUUUAUCACAAUUUGAAGGUUAACCCCUACGAAAUUUAGUUAUUCGGUAAGUGCUCUAUAUAUUUAAGUUUACACUCUUUAGUGUUGUUUAAAAUUUUUUAACCAAAUUAUACAUUAUGUAUGCUAAACUAUCUUUUAUGGAAAUAUACGUCUCUCUAAUAUUUUAACAAUUAAUUUUAUAAAACUUUUUUGCUGCUUAAAUCAGUGGACUAACCGUUAUAAAUAUAUAUUCUUCAGAGAAACGGACACAAAAAAUAUUUCAAAUCUUUUUUACCAUCAUCAUUUGUCAGUGCAGGAUGCAACUAUGUAAUAAAACAAGUUUUUCAUAUUUUUUUAUUUUUUUUCUCAAAAUCUAAAGGUUAAAAUCCCUACGAAAUUGGGUUGUCGGUAAAUUCUCUAUAAAUGAAAUUUACACUCUUUAUUGUUGUUUAAAAUUUUCUAACCACUUUCUACAUUUUUGUUAGUAUAUUCUAAACACUGUUUCAUGGUACAUUACUAUCCUCUAUAAUUUUUAAACAAUUAAGUUAAUAAAACUUCAUAUAUUGCCUAAAUUAGUGGACUAACACUAUGAAAUCUCAAUUCUCUAAAGAAACGGGAACAAAGAUUCCAGUGCAAGAUGAAACUAUGCUAUAAAACAACAUUUUCAUAUUUUUGAUUUUUUUUUCUCAAAAUAUGAAGGUUAACCCCUACGAAAUUUGAGUUUUUAUGGUAAAUAUACUAUAUAUUGAAGUUUACACCUUCUGGUGUCGCUUAAAAUGUUCUAAUAACAUUCUAAAUUUGUGAUUAUAUAUUAUAAACUCUCUUUCAUGGUACUUAGACAUAGCUCUAAUUUUUUAACAAUUCAUUUUAAAAAACUUUAUAUAAUGCUUAAAUCAGGGGCCUAACCAUUAUAAAUAUAUAUAUAUUCUCUUGAGAAAUGGACACAACAAAGAUUUUAAAACUCUUUAAACAUCAUACUAUUUCAGUUCAGGAUUCACUUAUGCAAUAAAAAAAAGAUUGUCAUUUUAAAAAAAAAAAUAUGAAGGUUAAGAACCCCUUCGAAAUUGGGUUUUUGGUAAUUUCCUUAUAUAAUGAAGUUUACACUUUUAUUGUUGUUUAAAAAUUGCGAACCACAUUAUACAUUUGUAUUAAUGUAUUCUAAAAUCUUUUUCAAGGUAAAUGAGUAUUGUCUUUAAUUUGUUAACAAUUAAUUUAAUAAAACUUCAUAAAUUGCCCAAAUGAGUGGACUUACCACUAUGAGAUCUCUAUUUUCAAGAAAAAACUAACACAUUAAAUAUUUUAAACCUCUUUGACCAUCAUCCUAUGACACUUCAGGUUGCAAUUAUUCCAUAAAGCAAUAUUUUCAUAUUUUUGAAAUUUAUCAAAAUCAGAAGGUUAACCCCUACAAAUUUUAGUUUUUCGGUAAAUGCUCUAUAUGUUGAAGUUUACACUCUUUAAUGUUGUUUACAAAUUUAUAACCAUAUUAUACAUUGUAUUAAUGUAUGCUAAAAUUUCUCUCAUGGUACAUAGACAUCACUUAAAAGUUUAAUAAUUAAUUUAAUUUAACUUUAUAUACUGCUUAAAUCAAUAGAAUAACCACUACAAAUAUCUAUUGUCUAGAGAAACAGACACAAAAAAAAUUUCAAACCUAUUUGACUAUCAUCCUAUGUCAAUGGAGGAUGCAACAAUGCAAUAAAAAAAAGAUUGUUAUAAUUUUUUAAUUUUUUUCUAGAUCUAAUGGUUAACUCCUACGAAAUUGAGUUUUCGGUAAAUACUCUAUAUAAUGAAGUUUACAAUCUUAAGUGUUAUUUAAAAAUUUCUAACAACAUUUUACAUUUGUAUUAAUGUAUUCCAAACUUUAUUACAUGGUACAUGACUAUCAUCUCUAAUUGUUUUACAAUUAAUUUAAUAGAACUUCUAUGCACUAACCACUAUGAAAUAUAUAUUCUAUAGAGAAAUGACACAAAAAAAGAUUUCAAACCUCUUUGACCAUCAUCUUAUGUAAAUUCAGGAUGCACUUAUGCAAUAAAAAAAGAUUGAAAUAAAACAAGAUUACAAUUUUUUUCUAAUUUUUCUCAAAAUCCGAAGGUUAACCCAUAUGAGUGAGUUUUCGUUAAAUGCUCUGUAUAAUGAAGUUUAUAUUCUUUAGUGGUGUUUAAAAAUUUAUAACCACAUUAUACAUUUAUAUUAAUGUAUUCUAAACUCUCUUUCAUGAUACAUUAGUAUUGUCUCAAAUUUUAAAAGUUUAAUUAAAUAAAACUUCAUAUAUUGCCUAAAUGAGUGGACUAACCACUAUGAAAUCUCUAUUCUCUAGAGAAACAAACACAAACAAAAGAAAUCCAAAAUUCUUUGAAAAUAUUCCUAUUCUAGUGCAAGAUGCAACUGCAAUAAAACAAGAUUUUGCAUAUUUUUGAUUUUUCUCAAAAUCUGAAGGUUAAUAACUCCCUACGAAAUUAAGUUUUUCGGUAAGUGUUCUUUAUAUUGGUUUACACUAUUUAGUGUUGCUUAAAAAUUUCUGGCUACAUUCUACAUUUGUAAUAAUGUAUUCUAAAUCUCUUUCAUGGUACAUAGACAUCGCUCCAAUUUUUUUAACAAUUAAUUUAAUAAAAAUAUAUAUACUGCUUAAAUCAUUGGACUACCACUAUAAAUAUCUAAUUAUCUGUUCUCUAUAUAAACAAAAAUUCUUGUUAAUCUUAUUUCUAAGUCACAAUCCAAAAUCUACAAUAGUUCUCUAUAAAAAUGAUAAUCAACCAAAAAUACAAGGUUCUUAAAAAAGUAUUAAAAAUGCAACCUAUUGAUGAAAAAUUCUGAAAAAAUAUUCAUCUAUCAACAAAAAAUUUUAGUUAUCCUAAUUUCAAAGUCACAAUCCCGAAUCUACAAUAGUUCUCUAUAGAAAUGAAAAAUUUCCAAAAAUAGUAGUUUCUAUAAAAAUUAUUGAAAAUAUAACCUAUUGAUGAAAAAAUAUGAAAGAAUACUCAUAUAUCAACAAAAAUUCUUCUUAUCCUAAUUUCAAAGUCACAAUCCCAAAUCUACAAUAGUUCUCUAUAGAAAUGAAAACUUUUCAAAAAUAGCAGUUUUGUAAAAAUUAUUGGUAUCCUUAUUUCUAAGUAAUAAUUCCAAAUCUACAAUAGUUCUUUAUAAAAAUGAAAAUUAUCCAGAAAUAGCAGGUUUUUAAAAAAUUAUUUUAAAAAUACAACAUAUUGAUGAAAAUUUCUGAAAGAAUACUUACUCAUCUAUCAACAAAAAUUCUAGUUAUUCUAAUUUCAAAUUUACAAUCCCAAAUCUACAAUAGUUCUCUAUAGAAAUAAGAAAUUUGUAAAAAUAGUAACUUUCGUAAAAAUUAUUGAAAAUAUAACCUAUUGAUGAAAAAUGUUUAAGAAUACUCAUCUUUCAACAAAAAAUCUUGUUAUCCUAAUUUCAAAAUCACAAUCUCAAAUCUACAAUAGUUCUCUAUAGAAAUGAAAAAUUUCCAAAAAUAGCAGUUUUUGUAAAGACUAUUGUUAUCCUUAUUUCUAAGUAACAAUUCCAAAUCUACAAUAGUUCUUUAUAAAAAUGAAAACUAUCCAUAAAUAGCAGGUUUUUAAAAAAAAAAUUUAAAAAUGCAACCUAUUGAUGAAAAUUUCUGAAAGAAUACUCAUCAAUCAACAAAAAUUUUAGUUAUCCUAAUUUCAGAUUCACAAUUCCAAAUCUACGAUAGUUCUCUAUAGAAAUAAGAAAAUUCUAAAAAUAGUAACUUUCGUAAAAGUUAUUGCAAAAAAAUGCAAACUAUUGAUGAAAAUUCCGAAGAAUACUCAUCUAUCAACAAUUUUUUUUGUUAUCCUAAUUAUAAAGUCACAAUCCUAAAUCUACAAUAGUUUUCUAUAGAAAUAAUAACUUUUCAAAAGUAGCAGUUUUGGUAAAAAUUAUUGAAAAAUGUAACCUAUUGAUGAAAGUUUUUGAAAGAAUACUCAUCUAGCAAACAUAAUUUUUGUUAUCCUUAUUUCUAAGUCACAAUCUCAAAUCUACAAUAGUUCCCUAUAAAAAUGAAUAUUUUCCAAAAAUAAGAGGUUUUUUAAAAAUUAUUUUAAAAAUGUAACCUAUGGAUGAAAAAUUCCAAAAGAAUACUCAUCUAUUAACAAAAUUAUUUUUAUACUAAUUUCGAAGUCACAAUCCAAAAUCUACUAUAGUUCUCUACAAAAGUGAAAACUAUCCAAAAAUAGCAGGUUUUUUAAAAAUUAUUUUAAAAAUGCAACCUAUUGAUGAAAAAUUCUGAAAGAAUACUCAUCUUUCAACAAAAAUUCUUGUUAUCCUUAUUUCUAUUCACAAUCCCGAAUCUACAAUAGUUCUCUAUAGAAAUGAAAAAUUUCGAAAAAUAGCAGUUUUUGUAAAAAUUAUUGAAAAAUAACCUAUUGAUGAAAAAAUGUGAAAGAAUACUCAUCUAUCAACAAAAAUUCUUGUUAUCCUAAUUUCAAAGUCACAAUCUCAAAUCUACAAUAGUACUCUAUAGAAAUGAAAACUUUCCAAAAAUAUCAGUUUUUGUAAAAAUUAUUGUUAUCCUUAUUUCUAAGUCACAAUCCCAAAUGUACAAUAGUUCUCUAUAAACAUAAAAACUAUCCAGAAAUAGCAGGUUUUUAAAAAAAAAUAUUUUAAAAAUACAACCUAUUGAUGAAAAAUUCUGAAAAUAUAUAUGUUAGGUUAUAUUCGGAUAUCCAUUCGGGUUCGGAUAUUAUCCGUUCGGAUUCGGAUAUCCAAUCUCUCCUAAUUCAAUACAUGUUCGGGUAUUUUACUACUUUGGUUCAAAUUUCGGUUCGGAUUUUUCGGAUCAGGUUUGGAUACAGGUUCGGGUAUCGGGUAAAAUGCUGACCCCUAACUGUAGAUAUGUAGAUAGAGGGUCUAAUUCGUUAAAUAAAAUGAGUUCGGAGGCUUUUACGUUAGAUAUUUAGAGUUUUUGUUCGAAAUAAACUUAUUUGGAAUAUUUAUUGUUAAAAAUCCCGAAAAAAAAUCUCAAAACCAUGAGAACUAUACGAGGGUUUGAUUUAUAUCUAAUAUAAGUAAUCAAAUGCUAUUUAUUCAGCUAUAUUUCUAGUUACAAAUAUAUACUUCUUUUUGUUAUACACGCAAACAUAUGACCGUUGUUAGUAGCUUGUGUAAUGUUUUUGCCAUUUAAAGAACCAAAUCGUUUUUUUCUUUUCCUUUUGUUUGGUUAAAGUUCUAAAUUGGUCUUUAAUGUGCUUUGUGUGGAUGAAGAUAAAAGCUGUAAUGCGCGUUUGUUAACAAACCGAUUUAAGUAAAUCAAACAAAUAAUAAUUGCCAAAAAUACAUAUAGUUAUCAUUUUAUUUUAUUUUUUGUUAAUCAACCAACUAGUUUGUGUCUAAAAUCUCGAGAGGAUUUGUACUAAAAAAUUUAAUUCCAUUGAAGGGAUGUAAAAUGGAGCAACUUCGAGAGAUAGGAGAGGUAUUAGGAGGCAUAAGAGCCUUAAUGGUGUUCAAGGACAACAUUCAUAUCAACCAGCGUCAAUGCACUCUAUUACUCGACCUCUUCAUCGCCACAUACGACUCAGUUUCCGAAUCCAUGAGACUAAACCUACGUUUCGGAGAGAAGAACACGUCCAAAUGGAAGAUUCUAGAACAGCCCUUGAGGGAGCUUCUAUGUGUGGUACGAGAAGGGGAGGCUUACGUUAGGUUCUCUUUAGAGCCUAAACUAGGCUUUUGGGCUAAAGCUGUUUUCUUACAACACAACAUAGAUUGCAUGGAGCUUCACGUUCAUAACCUUCUCUCUUCUGUACCCAUCAUCAUCGAGGCUAUAGAGAUGGCAAGCGAGCUUUCAGGGUGGGACGAACAAGAGAUGAACAAGAAGAGGCUGGUGCAUUCGAACAAGUACAUGAAGCAAUGGAACGACUCUCAGAUGUUUACAUGGAAGUUCGGGAGAGAGUAUUUGGUGACCGAGGACUUGUGCAGCCGGUACGAGAGUGCUUGGAGAGAGGACAUGUGGCUUCUAACGCAAGAGCUUCAGGAAAAAAGGCGUCCGGGUUCAAGCAAACAAGACAGGAAGAUGGCAGAGUUCCUUUUGAAGAAUCUAGGAGAUGGUAACGAGCUGUUUCCAUCUUCUAUUCUGGUCAGCUCGAAAGAUUACCAAGUGAAGAAGAGAUUAGGUAAUGGGAGUCAGUACAAGGAGAUUACAUGGUUAGGUGAAAGCUUUGCGCUUAGGCAUUUCUUUGGAGACAUCGAUGCUCUGCUUCCUCAGGUCACUUCAUUGCUAUCUCUUUCACACCCAAACAUUGUGUAUUACCUUUGUGGAUUCGCUGAUGAGGAGAAGAAAGAGUGUUUCCUUGUUAUGGAACUAAUGAGUAAAAGCCUUGGGACGCACGUCAAAGAGGUGUGUGGUCCGAGGAGGAAGAACACACUCUCCCUCCCGGUCGCGGUUGAUCUGAUGCUUCAGGUAUCACGUGGUAUGGAAUAUCUUCACUCCAAGGGAGUGUACCACGGAGAGUUGAAUCCAUCUAACAUUCUUGUCAAACCAAGAAGAAGUAACCAAACCGGAGAUGGGCAUUAUCUACACGGCAAGAUUUGUGGCUUUGGUUUGACUUCUGUCAAGGGCUUCUCCUUUAAAAGUGCUUCUUCGAAUGAGAGUUUUCCAUUCAUAUGGUAUUCCCCUGAAGUGCUAGAGGAGCAGGAACAGGGCGGAAGCAGCCUUAAGUACACCGAGAAAUCUGAUGUGUACAGCUUUGGAAUGGUUUGCUUUGAGCUUUUAACAGGUAAAGUACCGUUUGAGGAUAGCCACCUUCAAGGAGAUAAAAUGAGUAGAAACAUUAGGGCUGGGGAGAGACCGCUUUUCCCGUUUCAUUCACCUAAAUUCAUAACAAACCUGACCAAAAGAUGCUGGCAUGCUGAUCCGAACCAGCGUCCAUCUUUCUCGUCCAUAAGCAGAGUUCUGCGGUACAUCAAACGGUUUUUAGCUUUGAACCCGGAAUGUCAACAAGACACGCUUGUCUCUCCUCCUGUGGAUUACUGUGAGAUAGAGACUAAGCUGUUGAAAAAGCUCUCAUGGGAAAAAACAACAGAGUUAGUUCAAGUUUCACAGGUUCCUUUUCAGAUGUUUGCAUAUAGGGUGGUGGAACAGGCAAAGACUUGUAAGAAAAACAAUCUCCGAGAGGCUUCAGAAUCGGGUAGUGAAUGGGCAUCGUGUAGUGAAGAUGAAGGUGGGGGUGGAUCAGACGAGCAGGUGUCAUCUGAGAAGGAAAGGAGGCUUUCAUGCUCAAAUGAGGUGGGUAUGAGGAAGAAGAAGCCUGUUUCAAAAAGAGCUUCUGGCCUGAAACCAAUUCAAAAACCAGGUUUGAGCAGUAGUCAAUAUAUAUAGAUAGAGAGGCUACACUCCAUACAUAUAUUUGAAAUUCGUUACAUAAUUUUUUUUUGUGUUUCAGGAACAAGUAGAGGACGAUCAAGGCAUCCCCCACUGAGCCCAUGUGGGCAAAGUAUGAGAACGCACUCUGAGAGUCAACUGAUAGUGAUGAGUCCAAAGAUACGGCGAUCAAGCUCCGGUCAUGUCUCUGACUCUGAGCUUUCCUAGUCUUCCUUGUGCACAACACACACAAGAAAAAACAUAUUCAUUAGCUUAUAUAGUUCAACAUCCUGUAUAAGAGCACUAAGACUUGUUGUGACACACACACAGUCCAGUAAAUAUAAAUGCUUUAAAACAACAAUCCUUUAUCUGAAGUUCCUACAAAUAGGUCAGUAACUUAUUGGAUACUAUCUCCAGGGAAGUGUCUGUCUGAUAUUCAAAAAUCAAACUCCUAAAACGUAUUUGACCACUUCAUAACGUCACAAAUGCAAUUUCGCAAUGGACUGAACUGAACAACCUGGUUGGAAUGCAAAGCACAGGUGCUCCAUGGAUGUAAUAUCUAUCAUCUAUCAAACCGAAUCUAUUCACGCUAAUUAAAUCCUGAUGUUGGAAAAGAUAUAAUAUUUAGGAUCUUCUAUUCACACUAAUCAAUUUAUAUUGACAUACAAUCCCCAAUCUUAAUUUCAUUUCAUGUCAUUUUCUCUUUUUAUGAGAAAUAUUUUUCUAUUUAUAUAUUUUCUCAAUACAAAUUUCACAUAACUAAUUCAUUUCAGUGUUGUGACAAAAUAUAUAUAUAUAUAUAUAUAUGAUUUUAAUGACUUUUUACCUUUAAAAUUACCGGAAGUUUACUAUGUUUAACAAAAUAUUUCGUACGUGACUUUAAUUAAUUAAGACAACUUAGAAACAUAAGUAUGAAAUCCCGAGAUACAACUCCAAAUACAAGAACAAAACUGCAGAAUUACCAACGAU